UCUUUCUUCACCACAGAUUCAAUUGAAGCCCCGAGCUUAUUAAUGGCGUCACGACUAGAGCCAUGGAACUACCUUGCGGGAAAAGUUGUUAUGGUCACUGGCGCCUCAUCAGGCCUUGGCCGUGACUUCUGCCUCGAUCUUGCUCGUGCGGGCUGCCGGAUUGUCGCGGCAGCUCGCCGCGUUGAUCGGCUGAAGUCCCUUUGUGACGAGAUCAACAGAAUGACGACGCCCCUGGGUAGAGGCAGUGAUGACGGGGCCCUCCGAGCAGCUGCAGCGGAGCUUGACGUGACCGCCGACGGCGCCACCAUCGAGAAGUACGUGGAGAAGGCGUGGAAUGCAUUUGGCCAUAUUGAUGCGUUGAUCAACAACGCUGGUCUUAGAGGAAAUGUGAAACCGGCUUGGGAAUUACCUGAGGAGGAAUGGAAUCAAGUGUUCAAAACUAACGUAACUGGGACUUGGUUAGUGUCAAAAUAUGUAUGCGUACGCAUGCGUGCUGCUAAGAUAAAAGGAUCCAUUAUCAAUAUCUCAUCAAUUGCUGGUGACAACAGAGGCCAGUUGCCGGGGGGUGUUGCCUAUGCUUCUUCAAAGGCAGGCGUCAAUAUGCUCACCAAGGUUAUGGCAUUGGAAUUAGGAGUACAUAAAAUCAGAGUGAAUUCUAUAUCACCUGGACUUUUCAAAUCUGAGAUUACUGAAAAAUUAAUGGAGAAAGAUUGGCUGAAUCAAGUGGCCAUGAAAACCGUACCUUUGAGGACAUACGGCACUUCGGAUCCAGCAUUAACAACACUUGUUCGUUACUUAGUUCAUGAUUCUUCUGAUUAUGUCACCGGCAACAAUUUUAUUGUUGAUGCCGGAACAACCUUACCGGGUGUACCUAUUUAUUCAUCUUUAUGAUUAUUGUAUGGGAAAGUUUGGGAUGAAGUUUCCUAUGAGAUUGUUUAUGAAGUUUUUUAUUUUUUGAGGAGGAGAAUAAAAUAAUACUUAAAAAAGCUGUAAAAUUAUGCCAUUUUUGUCAUUUGGUGUAAUAAAUCUGUCAACUUAAAAUCCCAGCAAAUUCUGGUGUUACAACAAAUGUAAAUGCAGGGAAGGGUAUAAUAUAUAGCAGCUUUUCAA